CACAGAUCUCCCGUGGCUGCGCCUGUGGUGUUUGUGGGCGUUUUCGCCACACGGGACGGAGGGGCACGGCGCGGCUGCCGGCGAGGCGCAGGUCUCUGGCCGGGUGAUCUGGGCACACUUGGAUGUGUGUAGUAAUGGCAGGGCUUCGCAAUGACGGUUCAGGCCAACCCCCACACACUGGUGCCUCAUCGUUGAAAUGGGCCGCGCGGGAAGCGCUGAGCGGCUGGAGACCCGAGGGACCGCCGGCGCCCUCCGGCUGCGACAGCAGCGACUGCGCAUACUGCCAAGCCCUGGCGAGGCUGCGCCAACCGGGAGGCGGCGGCGGCGGCGGCUCCGCCAGCUGCUGGCUGCGGCGCAAGCGCUCGCGCACCGACCUGUCGAGCCUGGAUGGCACCGUCCAGGGCAGCAGCCAGGGCGAGCAGGAGCCUGGCUCGCUGUCGCGCGUCUCCAGCGGCACCUUUGCCGGGCCCUCUGACAUGCCUCCCGUGGACCAGUCGCUGCGCCAGGGCAGCAUGUGGGACCAUGCCCUGCUGAUAGAGGAGCCCGCUGGCAACAGCACGGCAGCAGCCACAGCAGCUACGGCAACAGCAACGGCAGCGGCAGCAGCAGCAGCAGCAGCAGCAGCAGCGGCGGCGCAAGAGGCGCGGGUAGGGUUGAGGCGACGCGUCCGGCCGGUUGCCACCCAAGGCAGGACAGACGCCGGCGGCAGCGACCGCUGGCGCGGCAGCAGCAGCAGCCCUGCGGCGCUCACGGCAACCGACAGCAGCAGCGACGGCGGCGGCGAGGCUGGCGACGGCACCGCAAGCAGCGGCGGCGACGGCGGCAGCCGGGGCGGCUGGCACGCCGCCUGGCGCUCGCCUGCGGCGUUUCACCAGGUGGCGGCCUUUGUGCCGUCUGAGCCCAACCACCACCGCCAGGACAUGGUGUGCGCCCUGGAAUUUGAAGAGCAUGGCUGGCUGCUGGCAUCUGCGGGAGUCAGCAAGCAGGUCCGCGUCUACUCCCUGGCCUCCUGCCUGCAGCACCCCGGCGACCCCGCCUACACCCAGCCCAUCCGCUGCCACCGUAUGGCCUCCAAGCUCAGCAGCCUGGCCUGGAACCCAGACGCGCCGGGAGCAGUCACGGUUGCCGACUACGAUGGCGUGGUGAGCCAGGUGGAUAUGGAGUCGGGCCACCUCAUCGCUGAGGCAGACGAGCACGCGGGCAGGGUGUGGAGUGUGAGCCACAGCCUGCAGCGCCCCCACCUGUGCGCCUCAGCCUCCGACGACGGCACCGUGCGCCUGUGGGGCGGCUCCGGCAUGCAGGCGUGCCUGGCGGCGCUGCGCCUCGCGGCCGGCGCCCCCGCCACCGGCGUCCAUCUGUCGCCUUUUGACGGCAACCUGGCGGCGGUGGCCUGUGCCGAUCACAGCGCAUACGUGUUUGACUUGCGCCGCACAGGGCAGGUGCUGUGGCAGCUGGCGGGCCACGGCCGGGCGGUGUCGUAUGUGCGCUGGCUGGGGCCAGACCGCCUGGUCUCUGCAUCCACCGAUGCCAGCCUGGCCGUGUGGCACCUGCCCGGCCCGCAGCAGCAGGCCGGCCAGGCCGCGGCGCCCGCGCAGCAGGCGUGGCAGCGCAGCGGAGAGGUGCUGGCGCAGCCGGGGAGGCGGCUGCGCGGCCACCGCAACAGCAAGAACUUUGUGGGGCUGUCUGUGAGGCCCGAGGGCGGCCUGGUGGCCUGCGGAAGCGAGGCCCCAGCCUGCUACGCCUACUCAGAUGCCAGGUCAGCACCGCUGGCCUCCCACCAAUUUGCGCCGCUCAGCUGGCCUGGGGCGGGCCCGGCUUGCGGCAGCGGCGGCGCCCCGCUGGACGCCCAGCCGCCCGCAGGGCAGUUUUGCAGCGCGGUGUGCUGGCAGCCCGCCACUGCGCGGCUGGGCGGCGCGCCGCUGUUGGCCGCAGCCACUUCCGGCGGCGACUUGAGGGUGCUGGAGCUGCGCCAGGCACCAGCGCCAUCCACAGAAGGCUAG